AUGAUGAAAACUGUUCCCAAGCAAGUACAAGUGAAAUCCAGUAUUGCUACACCAGCACCUCCAACCAUUGAUUUGACUGUUACACCUCGUCCAUCCACACCACGCAUGCCAUCAGCUGCUGUAGUAUCUGUUUCAUCUGUUUCAUCCACAAUAAGCUACCAAUGUUCUCCAGCUGAUACAUUGACCUCAAAAGGUAGCACAUCUUCAGCAGUACCAUCUUUGAAGGGAACAUUCUUCUUCGAUUCCAUGGAUAAUAGCACAAGGCAGAAAGCUGAUGAAAGCUUGGCGCGAGCAAUAUAUGCAUCAGGAUCACCACUUAUGCUAACAUCAAAUGUAUAUUGGAAAAGGUUUUUCAAUACAAUUCGCCCAGCAUAUUCACCCCCAACGCGAUAUGCAUUAUCUACUAAUUUGUUCGAAGCUGAGUAUGUCCGUGUUCAUGACAAGGUAACUGAAACAAUACAAAAUGCUGAUUGUCUAGCAGUGAUCUCUGAUGGAUGGUCAAACAUUCGAGGUGAAAGUAUCAUUAAUUACAUCAUCACCACACCACAGCCAGUGUUCUUUAAAAGCGUUGAUACAAAAGAUAAGCGACACACCAGUGAAUACAUUGCAAAUGAGGUAAAAAAUGUCAUCACAGACAUUGGAUGUAACAAAGUCUUUGCGGUCAUUACAGAUAAUGCUGCAAAUAUGAAAGAUGCAUGGAAAAUUAUUAAUGAAGAAUACCCUCACAUUACACCAAUUGGGUGUGCAGCUCAUGGCCUCAGCCUACUUCUUGGAGAUGUGAUGAAGUUACAAACAAUGCAAAUGUUAUUCAAGAAAGCCAAAAAGGUGGUGAAGUAUGUCAGAGUGCGGCAGAUUAUAUCUGCCACAUUUAGUCAGAAGCAAAUGGCCAGAAAGAAGAGCACCAGUCUUAAGCUUCCCAACAAAACAAGAUGGGGUGCAGUUGUCAUAAUGUAUAAGAGUCUUCUUGGUGGCAAAGAAUCUUUGCAAGAGCUGGCUAUAAUGGAAUUAGUUGAGAUAGAUGCUACUAUCAGAAACAUUCUACUUGACAAUGUGUUCUGGGCUUAUAUAGUGAGCAGCCUCAAAGUCCUUAACCCAGUUGCUUCGGCUAUAACCCAGAUUGAAGGCGAUUCAUCUCUACUGUCUGAUGUUCCACGACACUUCAAAAAUUUGAAAGAAAAACUAACCAUUGCUCUGCCACAAUCACCACUUCAGAAACAAGAAGAGAAUGAUACCUUAACAUUCAUUGAGAAUCGAGAAGAAUUUUGCUUGAAACCAAUUCAUGCUGCAGCAAAUAUAUUAGACCCCAAGUGCCAUGGAGAUGAUCUUGAUAACCAGCAAAUAAGCAGUGCAUAUGAAUUCAUAUCGGCUAUGGCACACCAUCUUGAACUUGAUGAAGGAAGAGUGCUAGCAUGUUUAGCAAAGUACCUUGCAAAGGAUGGCUUGUGGAAAGGGGAAGGGGUAUGGGCUUCAGCUCAGCAUAUUUCAGCAGCUACAUGGUGGAAGGGUUUAUGUGGCACAGAAAUUCUAUCUCCCAUUGCUUCAAUCAUUCUUCAAAUACCACCAACGUCGGCAAGUUGUGAACGAAACUGGUCGUUAUUUGGCAGCAUUCACACCAAGGUGCGCAAUAGGCUGACCAAUGCAAAGGUGGAAAACCUAGUAUCAAUCAGGUCAAACCUGAUACUUUUCGAGUCCACUGAGGAUACAUCAACGCAACUUGAAGUUGACUUUGAGAAUGAUGAAGUUGCAGCUAGUUCAUCUGAAUCUGAUGAUCUGGAUGAUAUGCAAACUGAAUAA